UGUUGUGUCCCGUAACCCGGAUAGCUCUGUUCAUUUUCCACUGGGAUGGCUAACGACGUUAGGCAGUGGCUGUUGCACAUUUGCGCACAAGGGACGCUGGAACGAUACGAAGGCGCAGCGCGGGGGCGUUCCCAAUAACCCCGAACCACAGUGAGAGGGAGGGGCAUUCUCAGCGAUCUUUCUUAUUCCAUGUCACACGCAAUUCCUGACGUUAAACCAUUUCUACCCUUUUUCCAAAUCUAAUUACUCUGUCUUCGUACCUCCCUGCCCCCCAACAACUUCAUUUAUAAAUUCCGCUGCUCCUUUCCACUUUCUGAAAUCUUCGUUUCUAUCGAAAUCGGGGAGUCUGUGUGUUAGUGCUCGGCCAUGGCUAUUGCAGCAGCAGCUGUCGUCGUGCCAUUGGGCCUGCUCUUCUUCGCCUCGGGCCUUGUCAUUAACCUCAUCCAGGUUAUCAAUAAUUCACUUCUACUCUUAAGGCAACAUGCUAUGCUUUUGUACGGCCGCUAUCAAAAAAUUUGUAUAGACGAAUCAACAGGGUGUUAGCAGAACUCUUGUGGCUGGAACUUGUAUGGAUUAUUGAUUGGUGGGCAGGAGUUAAGGUCCAUCUAUUCACUGAUGGUGAAACCUUUCAUUUGAUGGGUAAAGAGCAUGCACUUGUCAUCUGCAAUCAUCGGAGUGAUAUUGAUUGGCUUGUUGGAUGGGUUUUAGCUCAGCGUGCUGGUUGCCUUGGAAGCACUCUAGCUGUGAUGAAGAAAUCAUCAAAAUUGCUGCCGGUAAUUGGUUGGUCAAUGUGGUUUUCUGAGUAUCUUUUUCUGGAGAGAAGUUGGGCCAAGGAUGAAAGCACAUUAAAGUCAGGCCUCCAAAGACUAAAGGAUUAUCCUCUUCCCUUUUGGUUGGCUCUCUUUGUAGAGGGCACUCGAUUUACACAGCCAAAAUUAUUAGCUGCUCAGGAAUAUGCAACCUCAACUGGAUUGCCUGUUCCUAGAAAUGUGUUGAUACCUCGAACUAAAGGUUUUGUUUCAGCUGUCAAUCAUAUGCGCUCAUUUGUUCCUGCCAUUUAUGAUGUGACAGUGGCUAUUCCUAAAAGUUCUCCUGCCCCUACAAUGCUAAGACUCUUCAAGGGGCAACCUUCAGUGGUUCAUGUGCAUAUCAAGCGGCAUUUGAUGAAGGAAUUACCUGAAACAGAUGAAGCUGUUGCACAAUGGUGUCGGGAUGUAUUUAUUACCAAGGAUGUAUUGUUGGACAAACAUAAAGUUGAGGAUACCUUCAGCGAUCAACUACUGCAGAAUACCGGUCGUCCGAUAAAGUCUCUUUUGGUGGUAGUGUCCUGGGCUUGCCUGGUUGUUUGUGGGGGUGUGAAGCUUCUCCGAUGGUCUUCCAUCCUGUCGUCGUGGAAGGGCGUUGCAUUGUCAGCUUUUGGGCUGGCAGUUGUUACCGUGCUCAUGCACAUCUUGAUUCAAUUCUCACAGUCAGAGCGUUCAACUCCUGCCAAGGUUGAGGAAUGCGUGUGUAUUCAUUAUUUUCUAGUUUAUUUGGUUAAAUUGUAUAGACAAUCUAGGCUUUGCUGUGCCUGUGGGUGGAUCUUCGGAGUAGGCUAAUUUAUUUGGUAUCAUUCAUAUUUUGGCCA